AUCGAGUUGAAUCAGCAAUAGACGUCGACCUGUUCACAUUCAAGGCUUUCGAUUGAAAUAGCCAUUUUAUCUCGGUACUUGUGUGCAUUUGAAUUACUGUGCACGCUUUGAUCUGUUUGCCUAGAUCAGAAAGUCGUGAUGUCUUUGUUCGGUUCCACCACACCGUCGACCGGCACAUCCUCAACACAGGUACUAGGUACCGCCGCAGAUUUACAAGCCGAUCGCGAUCUCGUGUCUCCGCCCGAGGAUUCGGUUUCUUCGCUGGCAUUUUCUCCACAGGCCGAGUUUUUGGCUGUUGGCUCGUGGGAUAAGAAGGUUCGCAUAUACGAACUUGCGCCUAAUGGAGACUCUCAAGGAAAGGCGCUCUACGAACAGCAGGGCCCAGUGCUGAGCGUGCACUGGUCAAGUGAUGGCACGAAGGUUGCAUCGGGAGGAACUGACAAAGCUGGCUGGUUAUAUGAUUUGCAAUCGGGACAGUCUACUCAAGUCGCCCAGCAUGAUGCCGCUAUCCGAACAGUCCGAUUCGUUGACACAGGAAACUCAGGACAGCAGAUACUAGCGACAGGAUCGUGGGAUAAGACACUGAAAUACUGGGAUCUACGAUCGCAGGCUCCAGUCGCGACCGUACAGCUCCCCGAGCGCGUGUAUGCUAUGGACGUCCAGCAGAAGCUUCUGGUUGUCGGCACAGCUGAACGACAUAUCUGCAUCAUCAAUCUCGACAAUCCUGGCGCCAUUUUCAGAAGUCUGCAGAGCCCUUUGAAGUUCCAGACUAGGACGAUCGCGUGCUUCCCUGGCGGUAACGGCUACGCUAUUGGAAGUGUGGAAGGUCGAAGUGCAAUGCAAUAUGUCGACGAGAGAGAACAACAGAAAAACGGUUUCUCCUUCAAGUGCCACAGAGACUCUCCUGGCACAGGACCUCGGUCUGAAUCUAAUGUUUACUCUGUCAACUCUAUCAAUUUCCAUCCCCAGUACGGCACAUUCUCGACUGCCGGCUCGGACGGCUCAUUUCAUUUCUGGGAUAAAGAUUCCAAGCACAGACUCAAAGGUUAUCCCUCAGUUGGCGCGACUAUAUCGACUACGACGUUCAACAGAACAGGCUCGAUCUUUGCGUAUGCGGUCAGCUAUGACUGGAGUCAGGGAUAUCAGUUCAACCGGGCGGAUUAUCCUAUCGCUGUCAAGCUGCAUGCAACCAAGGAGGAGGAAAUCAAGCCUCGUCCAUUCAAAAAGCGAUGAGGCUUCUAUGUUUGUAUAGAAGCGUGUGUAGGAUUGAUAAAGGAGAGCGAAUUAAAGCGUCGGAUACAACGGGUGGGAAAAUGUGUAUUGAAAGAGUUUUGUUGAGUAUUCUGGUGUUUAUUUUAUCAUAGUGUUGUUGCACUUGCUUCAGAAUUUAGUUUAUGUCACUAUUCUUUCGACGAGCUAUUCAAUUUAAUCAGCCCU